UGGUAGAGCCACGAGAAUGGUAGAACUGUCAAUCGUUGUCGUUGUGUAAUGUGUUUUUAUAGUGCACUCCUUGUGUUAAAUUACCUCGUUAUUAACUGAAUAUCUAAUUUUGUUCAUAAUGUACUUUGCUGCACGUUGAUACAGUGAAUUUCAAAUUUUAGUUGUUAUGUUUGAGUGUAGUGUUACAAACUCUAACCUUUACCAGCGAUGAUUUGGAAAAAGGUUAGGCUUGUGUUUACAUUAUGUGCACGUUUUUGGAUUUGAAAUAGUCAGAGCGGUACAUACUUUUGCAAACAGGUCUGAGUCAGGAUGGGGAGGUUCUUAGUUUGCCUGUGUCUGCAGAGGAUUCUACUACCCAUCGCCUUGAUUAUAGGUUGUGUCCUUCGGCAGAAUGGCCUCUCCUUCGUCUACCUUCUACUGUUACUGUACAACCCCAUCGCACCAGUGGCCACAGUCGAAACUAUCAAAGGACAUACAGGACGUUACCUCAAGUCAGUAUUGUUCUUCACAGUGGUCAACGCCAUCGCACAGUUUGCUUUUCAGAUUGUGCUGCUCUCCUAUCCUCCGUAUGGAAGCAUCGUGUAUCCCAACUGCAGUGAGAUGGAGAGGUUCUGCCGGUAUGCUGGGUUGGUACAGUUGAUGGACAUCCGACCACUAGACGCUAUAAGGAUCCUCACUCCCGAGGUGCUGAUGCUAUCUGUGUCUAUUCUGGUGCUGGUCAUCUGUCGGGCUCUCAACAGACGACAUCGGCUGGAGGAUGACCAGCUGCUGCCCGUCAUCGCUUCACCAACCAGCGACACGGACCAGAUCACCGAGCGUAGAAAGUACUCUCUGCUCACCAUCCUUGGCAAGUACCUGGUGCUGGCAUCGCUGUGUCUAGCUGGGAUCCUGAGGCCAUCGGUGCUCAGUGGGGUGUACUUUGCUGUGUUCUUGCUGACCAUGACAUGGUGGGCAUUCAACAAGGACUUAGGCAAGAAGUUUGCUGUUGUCUGUCGCCUUUUGUCGCUUCCUGUGGCAGGACAUAUCAUUACACUCUACCUCUACCAGAUGCAAUGGUUCCAGGAGUUCCUGCCCAGAGAUGCCCCCAUAGCUAGGUACCUAGGCCUGACAGCGUUGCAGACGACAGAGUGUGUAGACCCUAGGUCUGGCCAUGUGUCAGAUGAGGAGUGGGCAUCGUUUGUCUCCCCCAUCGCCCUAGUAUGGCUCUACUUUAUGCUGUGGUACGAGAGCAGCAUGUUGUUCAGUACACCGGCAGGGAAUACAGAUGAUGGAAUGGCUCGUCAACUUUCCGCCCGAUUGUCGCAGAAACGUCUCUUACGUAACCAGACAAGUCGAUGGCGGUCAGCCACUCGUAAAGUCAGACUGAUACGAGGUAGGGAGUCCGUUUAUCGCAAGGGAGCCAGCAGGACACGCGGACUGUUCCAGGACUCCCUGGGUAGUGUCACCAUCGCUGACUCUGGCGAGGAACACAUCAAGCUGGAGAAUGUACCGGAAGGAGGAGUGUCUGUGGCAGAUGAAGCUGAUAUGGAGGAUGACAGCCAGCCUGGCGUGCUGGAGAUGAUUUUGAACGGAGUGAUUGCAGUGGCUCAACUCAUAGCGCAGUCCUCUUACAUCGGCACCAACAUCAUCAUGAUGGCGUGGAGCAUAACCUACCACAGUUGGCUGACGUUCGUGCUACUACUGUGGGCGAUGUUCAUGUGGAUGUUGCCUAACCAGCGGAAGACGAUGUUGCGCACGUCACCAUUCCUCGUGCUCUACGCAGAGUUCCUCCUGGUGGCGCAGUACCUCUACGGCAUGAACCUGACAGACGACGAGCUGCCGACCAAGAUACAGGGUCUAAACCUCAAGCAGAUUGGGUUUGAGAAGUAUCUUCAUCUACCGGUCAAACCUCUGUUGGUCAAGACUCUUUACACAUUGAUGUUUUGGAUCACCCUGCGCCAACACAACCAAGAGAAGUGGGAGGCUCGCCAAUCAUCUGCUAUCACUGACAUGGUGGCACCUCUGCAACUUGGAGUCGGUACUGCCACCACGGCUAUGGGGGCAGAGUCUCAGACCAAGACCAACCAGUUUGUGCAGCGCACCGGCCGUGUGGUCAGGGGAUUCCUCACCAAGUACUGGAUCUGGGUAGUGGCUGGAAUACUGUUCACCAUCGGCAUCACUGGCCAACGCAUGACUGUGUUCCGCAUAAUAUACAUGGCCCUUGCACUCGUCUUCAUACUCACCUUCCAGUUAUCUUGGGUCCUUUGGCGCAAGAUCAUGUAUGGUUUCUGGUUGACUGUGAUUAUCUACUCCAUGCUCAUCCUUGUGAUGACUUACACUUACCAGUUUGACAACUUCUCGUCCUACUGGAAGACAAUUGGAAUAGACGAGGAGCUACAACUGGACAUAGGACUUGAGAGAUUUGAUACAACGGAACUAUUUGUUAGACUUUUGACUCCAACAUUCUUUGUUGUCAUCACUGUUAUACAGUUGUACUACUUUCACAAGGACUUCCUUGCAAUAUCAGAUAUUAAAAGCAGGGGCACCAGCUCUGUAAGACCUCAGUCAGAGGGUCCCUCAGACACGACGUCUGUACCCAAGUCCGAGAUGUCCAUCCCCAUGUCUCCCACGGAGAGGGAUCCCGACAUGGACUCUCCACAGACUCGCCAGUCCAAGAAGUCCUUCCACAUACUGGCUAACCUCACCCACCUCAAGUUGCACUUUGUUGGUACCCAAGUGUUGACCAGCCUUACUCAGCUGAUAGAGUACAUCUGGCUCUACCUUGAACUGCACAUGCUCAAGAUCAUCAUGCUCUCUGUCAUGCUGUUGUCUGUCUAUGAUGUUUGUGCUCUGCAUUUUGUGUUUGUCCUGCUGGCAGUGGUAUCUUUAACAUUCGGCAGCAACAUCCAAACAGUCGUCACCCACAUAAUCUCGGUCUUGGUGUCUAUCCUUCUUCUCUCCAAGAUGAUCUACCAAAUAGAAUACAUCAAACAUGAAAACUGGCAAGUCAAUUGUUCGGAGACAAACACUACCUACAAUACUGCAGAGUGGGUUGGCUUCCGCAAAGCUGAUAAUGAGAAUGGCAUCAGUCUUCCCUACCUUCUUCACGGCUAUAUAGCCCUGAUCAUGGUGUUGACACUACACACAGUAGUGACAACACGACAGAAGUACCAGCGCCACCUGAGAGGUCGCCCCUUGUCUCGUCCAGUUGUCAUGUUCCCCAGAGUCACCUACAAGGAGUUAGACGCUGAUGUGACACACUGCAUCAAGUACCUGCUCAACUUCGGCUUCUACAGGUUCGGAGUUGAGAUCUGCCUGAUGGCUGUGGUAGCCCUGAUUGGUGCCAGAAUGGAUCUCUACGCUCUCUUCUACUCUCUCUGGCUGUGUAUGCUCAUCACCCCACGUCGCUACUUGCUGUCCAAGAUAUGGACUGUGUUCAAGGUGUUCAUAGUGUUCACAAUACCAUUGCAGUACGCAUUUGUUGUUGGAUUGCCACCAAUACUGUGUGUAGUUUAUCCGUGGGAUGAUACAGAGAUACUGUUGGGGAUACAGGAAUGGAUGUUCCUUCCGGACCCCAUCCACCCUCCACCAGCCUACAAGCUUAUGUGUGACUUUGUCCUGCUGUUGCUGGUGUGUCGACAAGCAUUGGUGUUCAGGAUAGAGCAGCGCCACGACGGACACGAGUACGCUGGUGGUACCAACAAGAGCAUCAUAGACAAAGUAGAGAAGCCAGGCUUUGUCAACCCUAUACCUGACUUUAUAUCACACGCCAGGUCUUGGUUGGACAUCUUCAAGCGUAUAGUCCUGACCAGCUUCAUAUGGUUCACAUUGGCCAUAGUGUUCCUGGCAGGUACCAACAGAGUGAAUCUCUUCUCUCUUGGAUACUUCAUCGGAGCUUUCAUCUUCCUGUGGCAGGGCAAUGACCUCUACCUGCGACCCAUCAAGGUCAUCCUGCGAUGGUGGAGCUUCCUGAUAAGAUACAGUGUGACAGUUAUCCUUGUCAAGGCAAUGCUGCAGAUCCUUGGUUGUAUCUUCAUCAGAGAAAUGCAGGAGCAUGCUUGCUGGGCCAUCCAGCUGUUUGGCAUCGCUUGCAUUAAGAAGUUCGGUGGCACAGACACUUCUUCAGAUCAGAGUGAGUGCUCAGUGCCAGUGUCUGAUGUGGGGUUGGCUUGGGACGGCUUCUGCUUUGGCUUCUUGAUACUUCAACGAAGACUCUUCAACAGCCACUAUUUCUUGCACAUUGUGGACGAGGCUAAAGCGAUGGCAGUUCUCGCUUCUAGAGGGGCAGAGCUUAUUGAAGAACUUAGCCACAAACAAAUUCAAGAACAAUUGGAAGCAGAACGGAAGAUUUUGGAAAAAAUCAAGUAUAAAAUGGACAGAAUCAAGGCUUCUACUGAACGACAGAAGAUGCCUUCACAGUUUACUUACAAGGAACCGUCUAGCCACUUUACAGGACCGGGGGGUCCAGUAUUGCGACAGAAGCGUCCAGACAACUCGAGAGCCGCUAUCCGGUCUGGAGAUUACUACAUGUUCCAAGACCCGGAUGAGGAGUUGGACUUGAUAACGGAGCAGGAGGCUGAGAGCACAUCCUUCGACAGUGAAGACGACGAGGAGGAGAGAUCCAGAGGACGAGGCAUCACUGUCAGCAAGUUCCUCAGUUCAGCCAUGAAGACCGGAGACAUGGGAGCAGCAGCGGACAUGGCUCUGACCGAUGAGAAGAGAGGGAGAGAGAGAGGCGCCUCACUGUCGCCCAGGCCGGAGGGGGAGGAGUUGGCCCUUCUACGACAGAGUGGCACGGACGACGAACCCUCCACCUGGCAGAGUGCUAGCUCUGUGCAUGGCACAUCAUCUAGUCCUCUCCCUGGCCCUAGCACUUCGGGACAAGUCACUGAAAAGAGCCCUGUGGAAAAAAGGAAGAAAGAUCAGGAUGAAAAAGAUGGAGAGAAAAAAAAGAAGCGAGUCAGUAUAGUUUCAUCUGAUAGUAAAGACAAAGAAAGCAUGUCUGAGAAGUCUGAAGAGUCGUUGUUCAACAAGAUCAUAACCUUCCUCAAGUUCCUCUACGCAUUUGUGAACAGCUGCAUGGUGACGAUGACACGCUACCUCAACAGAUUCUCUCGGGACUAUCGCUACGUCAUGCGGACACUGGCUAUUGAGAAGAAAUUGCUCAAGGAGAGACAAGGGUUUGGCCAAGGUGUGAGGACUGGUUCAUCAAUGAUGUGGCAGCCGAAGCCCGGCCUCUACUCGGUUACAACAAAGUCCAAAACUAGGUUACAGUGUGCAGCUCUGCCGCUCAUUCGUAUCCUUGCCCCCAGCCUGGAGCGAGGGCUGGACUCGGAGUGCAGUCCACUCCAGAUAGAAGAGAUGGAGCAAGAAAGAGAAAUGAGUGCAGCCGAUCAACCUCCCAUCAUACGCCUAGCUUUGGCAAUAUGGUAUGCCGUGAUUUCCCACUCAGAGCUUGUCUGCUACUUUAUGGUGUUUGUACACCAAAUGAAGUCUGCUACUCUGCUGUCACUUCCAUUGCCUCUCAUGGUGUUUCUAUGGGGAACUCUCACCGUUCCAAGACCCUCAAAACUGUUUUGGGUCACAAUCAUCGCCUAUACAGAGGUGAUAGUGGUCAUCAAGAGCAUGUUCCAGUUUGAGCUGCUGCCAUGGAACCAGCAAGUUGUGGCAGAUAAUGUUCCGUUCUUCCCACCGCGCAUCAUAGGCAUUGAACGCAAACAAGACUAUGCUUCAUACGAUCUCCUUCUGCUGCUCAUCGUCUUCUUCCACAGGUCGAUGCUGAAGUCACUGGGGCUGUGGAAGACGGUGGAGGAUGUAGGCAAGAUGCCACCCGAGGUGACGUCUACCACUGAGUCCACUACGUACAGCAGCAGUCCUACGUCUCCCUCCGAUAUUCACCACAAGUCCGACACUCAUGCUGUGGACAACUGCGAGUACUUCCCAGGCAUCAUACCUCUCACAGCUGAGAAGUACCUGAGCCCUGCCAAGGGGUUCUUUAUGACGCUGUUGAUGCCCAGCGUACGAGUUACAGCAGAUGUUUACGCUUACAUGUUCUUCUGUGAUUUCUUCAAUUUCCUGGUCGUCAUUUUUGGAUUUGCAUCCUUUGGAUCGCAACAAGGGGAUGGUGGAGUGUCUCAAUACUUUGAGGAAAACAAAGUUCCGAUUGCCUUCUUGGUCAUGUUGAUUCUACAGUUUGCUCUCAUCAUCAUUGACAGAACUCUGUAUCUUCGCAAGUUCAUCGGUGGGAAGAUAAUAUUCCAGUUUAUUCUAGUCAUUGGAAUCCAUGCCUGGAUGUUUUUUGUACUUCCAGCCGUUACAGAAAGGCAGUUCAACGCAGCUCUGCCUCCUCAGAUGUGGUACAUGGUCAAGUGUUUCUACCUGCUUCUGUCAGCCUACCAGAUACGCAGUGGCUACCCUACAAGAAUAUUGGGCAACUUCUUGUGCAAGAGCUUCAACUACAUAAAUAUGUACUUGUUUAAAGUUUUCAUGGCAGUUCCGUUUGUGUUUGAGCUACGAGCUCUGAUGGAUUGGAUCUGGACAGACACUUCAAUGACACUCUCCGAUUGGCUCAAGAUGGAGGACAUUUUCGCCCACAUAUUCCAACUCAAGUGCCAGCGCCGGGCAGAAUCCGAGUACCCUCAGCCACGGGGAGAACGCAAGAACCCUCUCUCCAAGUACCUGGUGGGAGGCAGCGCUCUCAUGGCCAUCAUCGGAGUCAUCUGGUUCCCGUUGGUUCUGUUCGCCCUCGGCAACACUGUGGGACAGCCUAACAUACCUUACGAUGUCACCAUCCAUGUCAGGAUCGGUGCCUUCCAGCCCAUCUACUCGAUGAGUGCACAGAAUAACUCUAUCGCCAGGUUAGAUGAGGACAUGUGGACGUCCAUGAGUCAGGUGUACCGCAAGUCCAGAGUGGCUCAGACUUUCCUCUCCAACUACAACUACGAGGACGUCGGUGUUGUGCAACUCUCUCCUCACUCUACCUCCACCUGGACCAUCUCACCACCAGACGAGGAGAACAUGAAGAAGGAGGCCAGAUCAUCAAAUCCGAUCACCGUAAAGCUGACGUGGACAGUUUCGAGACACACUAACAACCCGGAGACUCCCGGAGUGCUUACGGAGAGUCAGGAGACGAUCCUGGAGGCUAACAACACGGACCGACAGACUCUGGUGCAGAUGCUCAACCAGACCAAUGUAGCCAAUCAUAUGGUCAUACCCAACCUGAUGCCUAAGUUCAUCAAAGUGAGCAGCACAGGCAUCGCCUCUCCCAUCACUCAGCUGAUGCAGGGUACAGGUACGCGGCAGCAAGACCAAAACCGUGAGCUGAUCACUCCGUAUCGAGAUAUAAACAUGAGACUUCGCUACGACAAUUUGAGUAAUGUCUACUGGUGGGAGCUACGAGAAAACUGUAACGACUCUACCUACGAAUCGGUGUUGAAGAACUUGCCUUGGGCCAACUGUGAUAACCUCAUUAUCUAUACCUUCAAUGACAAAGCGUUCCCCGAGGGGCUCAACAUAAUUAGUGGCAAGGGAAUCAUUGGUCUUUACACGACCUUUGUCAUUGUCCUGCAUUCGUUCAUCAGAGGGUUUUUCACAGGAAUAUCGUUUAAAAUCAUGUUUGAUGAUAUGCCUAACGUUGAUCGAGUCCUCCAGCUUUGCCUUGACAUCUACCUGGUGAGGGAGAGCGGAGAGCUGGACCUGGAGGAGGACUUGUUUGCCAAGUUGGUGUUCCUGUAUCGCUCCCCGGAGACCCUGAUCAAAUGGACAAGACCUCCGGAAGAGAUUCCACCAGAGGAAGCAGAGGAUUUACCGCAGCUGCAGCAGUGAACACAGUGACAUCGCGUUUUUGUCACUACCAUCGCUGUCUAGUAGCGACAAGCUACUAGACACGUGCAGCUGGUUAAGUUGACGUUCCAAGCUCCAACAAUGGAAUACUCUGUGGAAAUACUUUUUUCACAGGAUGGAGUUGCAUUUUAUAAGUUUCAUAAUAUUUAGAGCUAUUUUUAAAUGUCCUGGAAGAAUUUUAGCAACGGAUGAAUUUUUCAAAGUAAAAUGUAGAAUGUCAAAGGAAAUAUCUUGAAAAAAAAAUCAGUUGAUUUAUUUUUUGAAUUGAGAACACCAUAAUGCAUUAUACCAUAAACCUACUGGUCUGAAGUCAAUGGAGUAUUGUAUGUAACAUGCAAGACAGUAAUGAUCACAGUAAUAAGCUAGUACUGGCCAGCUACAUGUGGCCAACAAAUGUGUACAACAAAUAUGGUAUUCAAAGAACAUGGGACUGUAGAUAGCUUAUUAAUGGUGGAUGAUUUGUUGUAUCCUCACCGACCUCAUCCCAUCAAACAGUUCAAUCAUUUUCAUCUUACUAACAAUUUUUAAUUAAAAUAUCUUAUGAAGUAGAUGAAAAAUACUCAAAAACUUAAUGGAGUGCAAACAAAUCCAAUGGCUGACGAAAUAAAAUUAGUCAACAAAUUAUUGUUUUUAAAGCUAGAAUAAAGUAGUGAUGACUACUCAGUUGGGGCCUUUUGGGAACAUUUUGGUCCUGUAGAAUGCUAAUGAAACAAAGAUUAAAUAUUUGAUACAAUAUUGUAUAUAGUAUUUUAAGGUUACUUUUAAUUUUGUGUAUGUUCUGUGUAUGUUUUGUUAUUGUUGUGGAUGAUGCUAAUGUGUAUGUUUUUAAUUGUUAUUUCUCAGGGUUUAUUGGCUGGAAAUGGCAAGAGUUCACUAUUUCAAGAUUCUAUUUUCUUGAGGAUAUAUUCUUGAGGUCCAUUGACAGGGUGCCCCUUAAGGUGUACUUUAAAGCUAUCAAUAUACAUUCAAAAAUGUGUUAGUAAUUGGUUUUUAUUCAUACCUACUUACAUUUUUAUUUCAAUUAUUCACUCAACUAAAUAUGUAAAAAAGUAUCUUUUCCCUAUAUAAUUGUUGUCAGUGCCUCAAGUAAUGCUAAGCCAAUUUUUGGCUUUGGGUGUAAAACAAUCAUUAUACAAAAGGCACAAAAAUUACUCCUUUUUGUUUGUAAAUAAAUACAGCUUUUAAAAUAUGUUUUUUGUUACCUUAUAUGAAUCUUAAAAUAGAUAAUGCAGUUAAAUAAUAAAAUAUGGCAUUGUGUUUAUUAUUCACAAAAUUUGGUAGAUCACAACAAGUUAUUGACCUUAAAUAGUAGUAGUUUUGAGCCUAAAAGUUGUGUUGUGCAUUUACAACUUACAAGACGCACAAUCAUAUAUAGUUCAUGGAAUGCAUGAUUUUUACUUUUUAUACUUGUGUGUCUUUGUCCUGUAAAUGAGGAUAAUCAUUGUUGUAUCCAUGCUUGUGCAGAUUCUUCCUAUUGGAUGAAGGAAAUUAUUGUCUUAAAACUUGUUAUUUGUAUCAGUGUUUUCUAGAUUGUAUGAUUUUUUAAAGUUUUUUCUAAUUUUAUUUCAUAUAUUUAAUUAAUGCUAAAUCUAAUAAUGAUGUAAAAAAAACACAAAUUUUAUACUGUUGUACAAUAAUUCUUUAUUUAAUUUAUAUUAUUUCUUGUUACAAUGUAGACUUUUUAGAUAUAAGUUUAUAUUUAAUAUUUUGUUAUUUAUUUUUACAGUUACAUAUCUUUAAACGGAAUACAAAAGUGUUAAUUUUAUUGUUAUUGAUACGUUUGAUUUUAUUUAAUGCAAUUUAAUCAAACUUUAUAAUACUUACUUAGAAAGUUUAAAUUUCCAAUUAUUUAAAAGUUCAAUGUAGACAUAGAUGAAUAAAAAAAUAUGGUUUAAACUAAACAUUUUAGUGCUGAAAUUGUGUAGGAUUUUUCUAUUUGCGUAAAAUAGUUAGUUGUGGUUACCAUUUUUUUACAUUUGCUAUCUUAACUUAUUGAAAUGGUGCUCAUAGUUUCUUAGCUAUUAACAUCACCAUUUCCUGUUAUUUUAAAAUUCUAUUUAUUGAAUCAUUCCAUGGCAUGAUGUAGUUGUACCAUAAACUUACAAAGAGUCAAAGGUCUCUUUACUCUCUUUCAUGAAUUAGAAAUUGGUUUUGUGUCAUUUGAACCAGUGUUACACCAAUUUUGAAUUGAUUAAUGUUUAGUAUUUAUGUAGUUAAAUUUUUGCCUCUCUUCUUCAAUCUUGAUAGAACUAUCUUGAGACGCAGGGCGUGUUUUUUUAGAAGUCCAUACUUAAAUUGAGUAAGUUCUUAGGGAAUUGUAGUUGGUCUUUUUCUCAUAGUUAGAUGGAUGUGAUAUCUACGUGAAUUAUGUAACUGUAAAAUACAAUUGCACCUGUUAGUUCUAAAGUCAACGACCUAAAAAGUGCCUUUUUUGCCUACUUAAAUAAAAAGAUAAACUAAAUAAUUAUUAAAAAGAAAAUACCCUAAAAAUUUAUUAAACCUUACAAAAUUUGUUACAAUAUUGCAAAAUUAUUAUUUUUUUAGUGUCCCACCAUCAUAUCCUAGGACGCUAGUUCUAGUUGCGGCACUAUUACAUAAAUAAAGUCCAUUAGUUAUUGGCGGGAUUAGAACCCAGGACCUUGGGCACCAAAGCCACAAGCUCUGGGGGUCAGAAAAUAUGAAAAUCUAAUCAUAUUCAUAAAAUGUUAUGUUAGUUAAAGGUUUAAUUAUAUUGAACUUUGUCUUUCUUUAAACAGAUGAUUACAAA